CGGAUCCAUGAAAUUCAACAAACAUGCUUGAUUUCAUUUGCAGUAUCAUCAUCUAGUACAGUUUUAAUAAAGCAAAACUCUAUGAGAAUCAGAAUCAAACAAGGUGAAAUUUCUGGGAAAAAAAGCAGAUUGAGAUCCGAAGGGAGGGAUCCCACCCACGGGAUCAAGCUCCCUUCUUCUCCCUCACGGCUCUUCCCAAAAAUUCCUCUGUUCAGAAAUUACCUAAGGCAAUGAAACCCAGAAAAUGAAACCAGAAAAUGAAGUUCCUCUGGAAGCUCGGUGAUCCUUCCUCUCAACCACCGUUGUUACCCCCUUUCUUCUCCAGUAAAUCCCCUUCUAUUGCUCUCAAAAACUCAGACGAAACUCCCCAACAAAGAGACCCAAAAUCAACCAACCAUCCCCCUUUUCAAUCUGAUUUUUCUCUAUAUAUAUACCCGAAUAAAAGAUAAAAAUAAAGAUAAAAAUAAUAAAAAAGCCUUGCUCUGUCAAUCAAUAAUAAUGCUGAUUUGUCUGGAGCUGCUGUAGCGUGCAGAGGCAGAGCAGCAGGGGUGCAGCAAGGCUCGGUGCAGGGUCAUGAUGUUGGCACAGAGUGCAGGCGUGCAAGCAACGUGGGUUCGGCGCAGCAGGCGGCAAGGGGAUCUGGUGCUGCAGAGGAUCCGGCUUUUUGGCAGAAGCAGGAGCGCAGGAUCAAGUGCAGGUGUAGCAGAGUGCAAGGCACGGGCGUGCAGGGGCGUAGGGCGCAGGCUCGGUGCAGCAGGGGGCGCAGAGAAAGGAAAUCUGGGUGUGAUCGGGGUGCAGGCUCGGUGCAGUAGGGGCGCAGGGGCGCAAAGGGGAAAGUGCAGGCGCGUUUGGGGGUGAUGAUGAUUCGGGAGAGAGAACAGUAAAAGAAAAAAGGAAGAAGGAGGUUAUGGAGAAAAAAAGAUUUAAAUGGGAAAGUUAAUCUUUUUUUCUUUUCCUUUUUCCCUUUUUUUUUUGGGUUAAAUGGGUUUGGUAUUUGGGCUUUUGGGUAAUUGUUGGUUUUGGAUUUUUGGGUAAUUUUUGGUUUUGGGAUUUUGGGCUUGGGUAGUUGGUAGGCUUUGGGUUUUGGGUAAUUGGGUUUGAGUUUGGUGGGUUUUGGAUUGGGUUUGAUGGGUUUUGGGCUAGACUUUGCAUUUCACCCCUCCAACUUUCCAUUUCUUCAAUUGAGUCCUUUUUCUCAUCUUCUUUUCCAAUCUUCUUCGUAAAAUUUCCUUUUUGCCCUCCCUUUUUUUUCUUUGAAUGAACCUAACAAGGAAAA